AUGUAGGGCUAAAGAACACCCUGUACUCCCUCAGCCUGGAGAGAGUUAACCACCAACACAGAGAGAUUGACUGGGCCAGCUCUGAGUCGCAGGUAGAAGAAUGUUUGAUGAAGGGUAAAGAGAAGCCAGAGUGUGCUAACUACAUCAAGGUGUUGCAGCAGUUUAACACAACCCAUCUGUUGGCCUGUGGAACAGGAGCAUUUAACCCUCUCUGUGUCACCAUCAGGGUGGGACACGCAGGACAGGCCAGACAGUUUGAGCUGGAGGAGCAGAGUGUAGAGAGUGGCCGAGGGAGAUGUCCCUAUGACCACAACAGCCCCGUAACCUCCACCCUGGACAGAGGAGAGCUGUAUAUUGGCCUGUAUACAGACUACUGGGAAAAUGAUGCAGCUCUGUGUCGACUGAACAACCAAAGCUACACACGCACUGAGAGAGACAACAGACAACAGCUCAACGAGCCUAAGUUCAUUGGGUCGGUGGUGAUUCCUGAUAACGAUGACAGGGAUGAUGACAAGGUCUACUUCUUCUUCACGGAGAGAGGGAUGGACGCAGAGGGGGUUAACAAGGCUGUUUACACCCGGGUGGGACGGGUCUGUGCGAAUGACCAAGGAGGUCAGAGGAUGUUGGUGAAUCGUUGGAGCUCCUUCCUAAAGACCCGUCUCAUCUGCUCUGUGGCUGGAUCCAACGGCAUCGACACACACUUCGACGAGCUGGAGGAUGUAUUUGUGUUGAAGAACAAGGAUGAGAAGAAUCCAGAGAUAUUUGGCCUCUUCAGUACUACAAGUGCUGUGUUCCAGGGCUAUGCAGUGUGUGUGUACCACAUGAAUGUUGUGCGAGCAGCGUUCAACGGACAAUUUGCACACCGGGAGAAACCAGAGCACCACUGGACCCCAUACAAAGGCCGGGUCCCCUACCCACGCCCCGGAUCUUGUGCCAGUAAGAUGAACGGUGGUGGGUUCUCAGGUUCUAAGGAGUUCCCUGAUGAGGUUCUGCGUUUCGUGCGUUCCCACCCCGUCAUGUCCAGCCCGGUCCUGCCCCUCCACAAGAAACCUGUCCUACUGCAGACGGAGCCAGGAGGGAGGAGAUUAACCCAGAUUGCUGUGGACCGCGUCCAGGCCCAGGACGGACACUACCACGUCCUGUACAUAGGCAGAGACGACUCUGUUGUGUUGAAGGUUAUCAGCAUCUACAACAAAGACACAGACACCAUAGAGGAAGUGCUACUGGAGGAACUGCAGGUGUUCAAGGUCCCUGUGCCAAUAACUGAGAUCAUCAUAUCUGCAAAACGACAACAGCUCUAUGUGGGUUCUGAGGUGGGUGUGGCUCAGGUGAGGCUCCAUCAAUGUGAACUGUACGGGUCAGAGUGUGCCGACUGUUGCCUAGCCAGGGAUCCUUACUGUGCCUGGGACGGACUCACCUGCUCACGAUACUACCCUGUUGGGGUCUACACAAAGAGCAGACGAUUCAGACGACAGGAUGUUCGCCAUGGCAAUGCUGUACAGCUAUGCAAUGGGCUGCAGAUUGAUGGGGAGAACUACCAGGGUGCGGAGGAGAGGCAUGUGUAUGGGGUAGAGAAAAACAGUACUCUACUGGAGUGUACACCUCGUUCUCUACAGGCCAGAGUUCUGUGGUACAUACAGAGAGGUCCAGACAGAGAGAAGGUCAGAGGUGAUGAGAGUGUAGUCAUAACGACCCACGGGCUGUUGUUCCUGAUUGUGCGGAUUGGGGACGCUGGCAUGUACGUGUGUCAGACGGUAGAACACGGUUAUGUCCACACCCUACUGAGGGUCACGCUACAUGUGCUGGGAGGGGAGAGGGUCAGUGCCCUGAUACACAGGACAGGGGAGGAAGGAGAGGAAGAAGGGGAGACCACAGCAACCUCCUGUCACCUUCCCGUAGAUACCCCUCCAGACCUCCACACUGGUUCCAACUCUGACCCCACCUCCAGACUACCAGGAGCCCUACCAGGGUCCUCCCUAGCCCCCGCUCCAGCUCCAGGCCCUACCUCUCGGCUGUGGUACAAGGAGUUCCUCCAGCUUAUAGGAUAUCGGGAUACACAGCGGCUGGAGGAGUACUGUGAGAGGGUCUGGUGCUCAGAGAAAAGACGCAGGAAGACCAAACUUAGAUACACCCAGCCACUGGGAAGAGGAGAGAGGAAGGCAAGGGGGAGGGGAGAGCCUCACAGAACCCCCAGACACACCAUGGACACCUGAGAGGAGGGAGGGAGAGGGCAGAACAACCACACACACAAUGGGCCAGUUCUUUGUUGUUGUAGAGAAUACUACUUCCAAACAAAGCUAAAACAUGACACUUUCUUUUUUUUWGACUUUACCGUAACGUCUUCUUCCUUCUUAUAACCAUAUUACAUGUUAUGUUAUAUUGUGUUUUUACCUUUCCUUGUUUCUGGUGUAAUCUUUGCCACUGGUGCAAAUGCUGAGUGUCCGUCAGAUGGAAGGCAAGUAGAACAGUUGAACUGUUUAGAACAACGUGGCCUUAAGACCACAGUACUGACAGCAGGCUUCUCUGAACAGACAUAGUACAGAAGAUUCAUAGCCAUCCCAGCUGAACACACAGAUAACGAACAUUCAAACAGAUUCCUCAGAAAUAAAAUGUUUCUGGAGAUACACUUGAGUUGCUCGCGUUCAAAACCACUGGUUAGAAAAUACACAACGUUACGGUAAAUACAUUCUUUUUCUAGGUUCCUGCUUUGAGUUUAGUAGUGGUUUAGAAUUGAUUAAUUAAACUGGACAUUGUACUGUAUUAUUGUUUUACUGUAUAGUUGGUAAAGUUGAUGAUGUACGCAAGUAUUUCCUACUAUACUUUGUCAGUUAGUUUGGUGUGACAUGGCGGAGAUUGAGAAGAUCUAGAUGAGUUGACAUCAUUGAAUGAUUACAGUAACGCAAAACUGUGUCUGCGGAUCCGAGAAUACCAUCCAUAAUAAAUACCUUGGAACUUAACAUUUGAAAACAAUAAUAAUCGUUUUCAUAAUGUACUAUUGAUGAUGGAACAGGGAUUAUAUAACAUUUUAUAGACGUAACCCCUCAAUAAAUAUAGAUACUUGAUCUGAGCCAUUAGAAAUCUAAUUAUAUCCACAGUGUAUCUCAACAGAUGCAUUUUCUCUUCAAUAAAUGGCCAACUUAAAUGUGAA